UGUUCCUCUUGGCGGUCACCUCCCAAGAACUCGUGACGUCUAUCUUCACAUUUUGCUACGCCAUCAUCAGCCUCAUAAAUCCGCCAUUCAGAGCGCCCUGCGGGUUCACGCGCUGGGGACUAGUGGCCACCAGGACGUUCCAAAUUGCCACCCUCACAUCCAUGGUGAUCGACCGCGCGCUGACGGUCCGGUGGCCGUACCGGUACCGGUUCAGCGUCCGCCGGAACCAGAUACGGUAUCACGUGGCCGUCCUGGCCCUGGUGUCAGCCCUGGUGGGAGUGGCAGCCGUGUUCGCCACGACGGCAGACGAGAGCAAAACGAAGACGUUCCUCGCCCAAGACAGUGUCCUCCAGGGCAGGUUGCACAACCGCGAAUUUUGCCGCCUUCACCCUGUCCAGUGGGACAUCAAGUUUUCCAUCUUUCUGCUGUCUCUGUUCGGUGUGUUGAUCUUUUCGUCCAUCGUGUGUAUGAUACAAGUUGAGGUGCACCGCAGCAGGCAUGGGACGAAGUUGGCAGCCAACGGCAGCUUCCAACUGCCGGAUUGUGCGUCGCCGGAUUUGCCGUCAGCGACCGGAAUGAACAGUCCAUUGGAUACCCAUAGCAGCACAGGCAGCACGAGGGCCCUACACAGGCCAUCCAGGCAGGCGAGCCGGCGGCCCUAUGGCAAAAACGCCAAAGGAACGUCCGACUUGAGGUGGCCCUCAGUGGCCCUGACAGCCCUGGUGUGCUUUUCUCUCAACCAUAUCCCACAUGUGGUCCUUACGGGUUUGGCUGCCUGGUCUCCCGAUCUGUGGUCUCCGUGGCACGAGGCCGUUCUCUGCUGGCUGGGGCUGCUGGAAGGACUUUUCGUACCCCUGCUCCUCUUCUGCAAAGAUUCCGCCCUCAGGUGCGCCCUCAGGAGGACUUUCCAGAGGAGGAGUGGAGCGCUCUCGCCCCUCGUCGGCGACGACGGGCCCUUCCAGAUGUACUUCGACAAGGACCACUUCCGAAAGCGCGGCACCUUCGGCUCCGUGACCCCUAUCGGCAUCAUCACCAACUACCGUCGCGCGCCCGGAACCAAGAAGGGCCGCCGCGGGGUCAAGUACGCCCUGCCCGGCGGGGACUCGGUGCUCGGCGCCAAGGGCCAGCGCUUCCUGGGUGGCGGAGAGCCGCUUAGCAAGCUCAGCUGUGCAGACCUCACCAGCCUAGAGAUGUGGAGAGAGGAGGACGAGGAGAAUUUCUACGCUACCCUCUCAGACGAUUUCAGUAAUUUCAGUUGCAAGUCUGCGGACGACAGCGCCCUCAGCGAAGACAUGCGCAUGGGGGAGGAGGUGUACGGGGGCUCGUUCACCACCCUGGCCAACGACGACUUCGAGUUCCACGACACGAGGCCCUGCGGAGGGGAGGUGCGGAUGAAGCCCGCCCUCGUCUCGCCCGUCCAGGAGAUACAGCGGAACGUCUCCUUCAGAGACAAUAUCAUAAAGAAGGAGCCCAAGCCUGAGAACAUAUCGAAUGAAAGAGAGCGUGACCUGUUCCUAUUCAGCAGCAAACACGUGGACGACGACAUUCGAAAAGAUCCGAGCCUCUUCAUUGAGCCCCCGCCUCAGUGGCCCGCCCUCUACGACACCGCCAAGAACAGCCUCAGCUCCCCCUCCGUGGAAGACGUUCGAAACUCGCCUCCCGCGAACAAGUUCGGCUCCAUGUCCCGGCACCAGAAAGCCACCUCCUACUCCAUGAAUGACCUGGAUCUCAUCUACAGGGGUGGCGGAGGGGGGAUCCCCGGGCACGAGUUCGAAACCACCUUCGUGCUCCCGGUCAAGAGCGAGUCCACGAUGUCCCUGUACAGGCUGAACGUGGAGCGAGACCUGGACCAGAUGGCGAUGACCCCUUCCAAGUCGGAGACGAACGUGAACGGCGACAGCGGUUUCGGCAGCGGUGCGCAGUCGACCCAUCCAGUCUGGUCGGGGUUCCUGUGCCGCAAGCCGUUGGACCCCUUCUGGAAUAUAAGGAAGCCCACGACGGCCGCUGCGACGCCGACGCGGAACUACCCGGGGAUUCUGCAUCCGAGGAUGCGGAAGAUCCCCUGGAUCAGCGCAUGGAAGAAGCUGGACGAGAAUAGCGACCGACAAAUCAAAGACUCGCAACUGAAAGACAACCCCCUGGGAUGGGUGGAUAAUGUGGUCUACGCAGCCGAAGUCACAACCUCCAGUCGGAUCAUCGACGAGGAGCAGAACUCUGACGUCAGCAGCCCGCUCUUCAACGGCGACUACAACUUGAACAUCUUCGCCAAGGAAAGUGGCGUCUUGCUCGAAAACGCUUACGGCAAAAUCGUCAGGGACGACUGCGGCGUAAAAGUGAAUUUUUACGGUGACAAUGUGCAAUACGACGCUAAAGAGAACGUCUACGGCAACAAAGACAAUAUUUUCGAAACAAGUUUCGAGUCCCAAAACGGCGACCCGAAUCGGGAUCUCUUCGAUUUCGGGAAGGACAGCAGCAAAAUUGAAAAUAUAUACGAGCCUUUGAAUUGCGUCAGGAGUAACUACGCCGGUGCAAUACACAGCAGCAAUGCGUACAGGACUCACACGACAGAGCUUUCCGAAUUCGCCUCGAAUUCGAACGCGUUCAAAUGUGAACCAAGAUUAAACGGUGGUCAUUAUGAGAACUUAUUUGGAACGAAGGAGAAUAUUUUCGCGCAGUGCGAUCUGUAUAAAGACAAGAGCAAGGCGGAAAUCGAACACCCCACUAAACUAGAAAGAAGAGCUAGCGGUAGAAGAGAUAGCGGGAGGUUUAGGAGUCCAAACAAUGCUUGUCACUAUCCUGAACCAGAUUGUGGGUACGGGAGGUUGAAGAAACUAGAACAUAAGGAGAGUUUUAGUCGGCCGAGAGAAUUAGUCCGGAAAGAAAGUGACAACAGAGGCAAGAAGUGUGGCAUAAAGAGGAAGGAGAGUAGAAAUCGGUCCGACAAGAAAUCGGAAAUCCCGAGAUUGAAGGAAUUAUCUCCUCCCUCUCGCAUACCACAGUUCGAAAACAAAACUAAAGUUCCGGACGAAGAUUCUAAUAGGAAAAGAAUCGAAAUCGAACUGAAAAGUGUAUACGGUAAAAAUGACUUAAAUUGCAACAAAGUAGGUAAAGUAGAGAAUAGGGAUUAUUCUAACCUCAAUAGGCGAGAGAGCUUCAGGCACCAUCGAGACACUAGUUGCGAGGAUUCGAAACUCGAGCACCGGAUAGAAUCAAACCGACAGGCUGAUAAAGAUAAACGAAUAAAGUUGGAGAGGAAGGAGAGUCAAAGCCGAGAACGUAAACAUAAGGUAGAUUGCAAGGACAAUGUGAACGCAAUAGAGCUACAGGACAAUCUUUGGAAGAUUAAUGUUGAUUACAGUGGUAAUGCAAGAUCUGGUGGUGUAGAACGCCGCGAUAGUGAUAGGCGAACAGGUGUAGAGCGCAGAGACAGUAAUAGACGUGCCCAUGUAGAACGACGGGAUAGUGCACGACAGGUUAGUGACCAUAAGCAGAAUUGGAACGUCGAGAGAAGGGAUAGUGGUAGACAGGAAAGUUCUAGAAAAGACGUUCCGCGAAGAAGAGACAGCCAAAAUCGCAGCGGCGAAGCAAAGAACGAAGGGCUGUGGGUGAACGCGUUACCAUUCCAAGCUCCGAAAUCGAACGAAGAAAGGGGUGAGGAGAACGUUAAGAGAGAAAGCAGGAAGGAAUCAUACGAUUUGCGUCGAUCACCGAGAAAAGGAAACUUAACCAGGAAAGAAAGCAAGAACAGGAACGAUAAACCUUCCGAACACGUCAGGCGGAAGGUCAGUGGUAGCAGGGAACGUCGCGAAAGGGACGGCCCAACAGACGAUAUGGAAAACAGGAACGUCAGGAAAGAGUACGUUGCCAGGGACACCAGGUGGGACCAAGAUAAUUCAAAAAACGACCGCAAUUUCGAAGAUUUCUUGAAAUAUCGAGAAAAAUGUGAGGACAAUUUCAGUCAUAUCCAGAAUGUCAACCGCGAGGUAUCAGCCGAUAGGGAGGUGUCUCGGUUGGACCACAUCAUCAGCUAUGGCAAGCUGAAUGGGAACGUGGACGGCGAGGACCAAGUCGAGUUUGGAAACUUUGCACAACAAGUGACCUCCAAUCAACCUCUAGGGAAGCCGGUGUAUGACCUAAACGAUAACUGCAGACCGAAAAAACUGGCGAUAACGGAUUUUUUGUAGCAAUAAAAAACUGCCAUGUAUUUUCAGAGACAAAAAAAUAAUAUUUAUGCCAUUUUGCUACAGGGAGAAGGGGAUUCUGAAUUGUUGUUAUGUGUGUGGGGAAACUGCAUAGGAAUGACUUGUGAAAAAUGUACUCCGCGUUUCACCAAAUCGAGCAAAUGCUAAAGUAGGUUAAUACAGAACAAUAUGAAAAUAAUGAGUAUUUAUUUGAAAUCAUAUAAGUAUUUACCAUUUAAUAAUUACUUAACAUCUCAUUGAAUUUUAGAAAAA